AUAGUACAUAUUUCAAAAAUUGGAGGCCUAAAACCUAAGAGUAAUCAACCAUGGCAUCGGCUACAAUAAUUCAAGAAAUCAGAAUUUUUUCAGCAACAUGGAAUGUUGGAGGAAAGACUCCCAGCCAUGGCCUCAACCUUAAGGAUUUCUUGCAGGUGGAGUGCUCUUCAGACAUAUAUGUAUUGGGUUUUCAGGAAAUUGUUCCAUUAAGUGCUGGGAAUGUUAUUGUGAUAGAAGACAACAAACCCGCUUUGAAAUGGCAAGAACUCAUAAGCCAUGCACUCAACAAAUCCUAUCAUGAUUCUUUGCAAUCUUCUUCUUCUUAUUCAGGCUCCUCCGAUUCGAAAAGCUCAAAAAAUUCGAAGGCAAAAAUCUUUCAUAAGACAUCACUAAACGUCCUAACAGAAAACCUCAGAGCAGACAGUAACCACCUAAAGGCCUGUAAUUGCUCAAAUCCAAGAAGGAAUAUUUCUUUACCUGAAAAAUUGAAUUACCAGAUUAUAGCAAGCAAGCAAAUGGUAGGUAUCUUUCUUACGAUCUGGGCUCGAGUUGAACUGGUGAAAGACAUUGGUCAUCUUAGAAUCUCUUGCAUGGGAAGAGGAAUCAUGGGUUAUCUUGGCAACAAGGGGUGCAUAUCAAUAAGCUUGACAUUGCACAAAACAAGCUUUUGCUUUAUGUGUUGUCACUUGGCUUCUGGGGAGAAGGAGAAACACAAACUUAGAAGAAAUUCUGAUGUAGCUGAAAUUCUCAAGAACACUAGAUUUUCCGGCAGGGUUUGCAAAAAUAAAAUACAUCAAAUACCAGAAAGCAUUCUUGAUCACAACAGUGUGAUUUGUCUUGGCGACUUGAAUUAUCGAGUGGCCUUGAGCUAUGAGGAAACGAGGCUUCUGUUAGAGGAGAAUGAUUGGAACUCCCUCUUAGAGAAAGAUCAGCUGAGCAUGGUGAGGGAAGCAGGGAGUGUUUUUAAAGGAUGGAACGAGGGUAAGAUAGUGUUUGCCCCCACUUACAAGUACUCACAUAAUUCAGACUCCUAUGUUGGAGAGACUGCCAACUCGAAGAAGAAACGAAGAACCCCUUCAUGGUGUGACAGAAUAUUAUGGCGAGGCAAUGGCAUUAAACAGUUAGCUUAUAUACGCAAGGAAUCAAAAUUUUCUGAUCAUAGACCUGUGUGUGCUGUCUUUGCUGUGGAGGUGGAGAUGAAGAACAAAAGGCCUUCAAAAUUUAUAAAGGGUUUUCUAUUGCACAAGCACAAAAAUCGAAUAUAUAUGAAGACCGCGUAUGUCCCUCAAGCAUACGAGACAUGCAGCAUUUGACAAGAGGAGAAUGAACUUCUUUUUCUUUAGUAUUGGUCUGGUACAGUCUAAAACACGUGAAACCUGCAGUGAAGUCUCAACUUUUAUGAGUUUAGAUUAUAGAAAAUUUAAUAGUUCUCAUGUCAUUAAGAAAAAAGAAGAUAUUCCUCAAUCUAUCGUUUCUCUAGGGUACUAGGCAAGUCAGAUUCUUUUUUCUUUGACUAAGGCCUAGUACAAUGUUGAGUUAGUCACCUCUUCUAGCUAUCGGCUAAUUAAGCUUUUGAAAGAAAUUGAA